GUGGAAUGAGAGCAGGUAUUGUGGUCGCUGUCACUUGUCUCUAUCCAUGAAGACAUGAGGAUGAAAGGCAACAGUCCAAUCACAGAAUCUCUCGCCAGCCGCCCAGACACGGCCAUCCACGCCACGCUACCAGGAAAACUUGCUCAAAAAGAGGGUCUCUUCCCCUUUGCAGCAGUUGGUUUCACUCUCGCUUUUGGACGGCAGAGGUGGGAUGAUCGUGCCGCUCCUGGAAAGUGUGUUGGGUGAAUAUCAAACAAAACCCUCGCCUUGUUGCACUUUACACAAUAUCAUUGUUUGAGUCGCUUCCUCCACCGUCAACUGGCAGAGUGACAAGGCAUUACCCUCACAGACACUGACACACCUCCGUGUGAAGUUCUCUCCUUAUCGUCGUCUCUCCAAACCAAACAUGGACAUGGGGACAAGCUCAAUGUCGAUGGCCAGCACGGGCACCAUGACAGCCUCUGCCGCCGCCGCGUCCACCUCUGCCGCCGAUAUGGGAGGCAUGGGCAUGGGCGGCAACUCGUGCAAAAUUUCCAUGACGUGGAACUGGUACACUGUGGGAGCUUGCUUCAUCUCCAAGGACUGGCAAAUCACCUCCGGUGGCAUGUUUGCAGGCUCCUGCAUCGGUGUCAUCUGCCUGGUCAUCUCUCUCGAGUUCCUCCGCAGACUUGGCCGUGAGUAUGAUGCCUGGAUUGCAAGACAUGAUCGCAAGGCUCUUUCCGCCGCCGCAGCCGCCGCUCGAUCGCACCCCGAAGACAGUUCAUCCUCGAACCACGAAUCUGGGAAUGGCAAGCAACCCUCACCCAGCUCGCAGCUAGUUGGCCCUGCCGUGUUCCACCGCCCGCGAGUCUCCCGCUUGACACUCCUGCAACGUCAGGUGAUCCGAUCUCUGAUACACAUGGUCCAAUUCGGCGUCGCAUAUUUCAUCAUGUUGUUGGCCAUGUAUUACAACGGCUACAUUAUCAUCUGCAUCAUCAUCGGGGCUUUUCUGGGAGCAUUCAUUUUCAGUUGGGACCAACUCUUGAACGAGGCCAACAGAAAACCCGAACCUGCUGAUACUACCGGUUGUUGUGGCUGAAAAGCCAAAGAGGGCAGGACAGCGGAGGGUGGGAUGAAGCGGCAUAGGCUGCGAAAAAUUCAGGGUACAUGAUGAUGGUCAUUCGGAUAACAGUACAACGGAGACUGUUAUCAUGGACGUGUUAGAUACGCAGAACGGCUCGAGAGAGGCCACGAAUCACAGUUCUCAUCUCUUAAAGAAUCUGGAGCGUAGAAAGGGUUGACUGUUGGACCGUGUAAAGUCGGCGCCCACGCAAACACCAUGUCACCAACGAGCACACAUGAGGAUUUGUAGGAGUACACCACCGUUCAAGCUCGCGAAAGAUUCAGAUGCGCAAGUUCCAAGGAAGGCUGAAGCAUGCCAGGGCCCCGGUGGAUUAGUUGACCUAUACCCAUUGCCCAAGAGUGACCAAUCCAAUCCAACCCACGAAACUUUCGGUUGCUGGCCUUCAGCUACCAGGCCC